UUGCAAUUUUCAUUUCAAUUUAGUUACUCGUAGUAUGCAGUUUAGAAACAACUGCGUUCUUAUCGUGGUCGAAAAGAAAUAUUGGCACCUGCUGUGAGUUGUGAGUGAAAAAUUGACUAUCGCAAUCCUUUCGCGGUUUGAGUUUGAGUCUUUCGUCCCGGAACGUCCUUGAGUGAUCAGUGUGAUUAAACAAAAAUUAAGUGAGUGAAAAAAAAGGACAGCAUCAUCAUGCAUAUGCCUUAUGAUCAACUCCCGGACGCAACGGAUAAGUUCCAGCUCUAUGAAGAAAUAGCAAGAGGUGUCAAUGCAAGGGUUUUUCGGGGUAAGGAACUGGCGAAUGACCGAACUGUUGCCAUCAAGAUUCAAUCCUAUGACAGUGAGCAUCAAAUUCAUAUCGAAGAAGAGUAUCGAACUUUGCGGGAUUAUUCAAGCCACAAGAAUCUUCCGGACUUUUAUGGAGCCUACAAGAUGAAGAAGACUAACGAACCAGAUGAAAUUUGGUUCAUCAUUGAAUAUUGUGAUGCUGGAACCAUUGUUAAUUUAGUGCAAAAGCUAUUGUAUUUGAAUCGGAAGCUGAAUGAGGAGCAUAUUGCUUAUAUUAUCCGGGAAGUGUGUCGAGCUGCAGUGGAAUUGCAUAGUAAUCAUAUUAUGCAUAGGGACAUCAAAGGAAGUAAUAUAUUGUUGACAAAAAAAGGAUUGGUGAAACUUUGUGAUUUUGGAUUAAGUCGGGCUGUGGAUUCGACAAUGGGAAAGCGAGGAACUUGCGUUGGAUCGCCAUGUUGGAUGGCUCCAGAACUUGUUACAUCAUUUGAUACAAAUGAACCCGAAGUAUAUGAUAGCCGUGUUGAUGUUUGGGCUCUUGGUAUUACAACGAUUGAAUUGGCCGAUGGAAAACCACCAUUUAGUGAUAUGCAUCCAACUAGAGCAAUGUUUCAAAUUGUUCGAAAUCCACCACCAACAUUAUUCAAACCAACCAAUUGGUCUCAAACUAUCAAUGAUUUUAUUAGUGAAUGUUUGGAAAAAAAUCCUGAAAAUCGUCCAAUGAUGAUGGAAAUGGUUGAACAUCCAUUUAUGACCGAACUUUUUGAUAAUGAAAGUGAUAUGCAAGAAGAAAUAAAAACACUCCUUUCAAUGGCAUCUGAAGCACCCGAACCGGAUAAAAUCGAAGAAGUUUUAGUUGAUAGGGGUUAUAUCAAAAAAUUUAAAGCUGAACCAGAAAAAAUGUAUUCCGAAGAUUUGGCAGGAAUUGAAAAUCCAAUUGAUGAAGCUGUCCUCGAUGCUGUUCAAAAUCGAUGCAAAGCUGGCAGUGGUUAUAGUUUUAUUGGAGACAUUCUUUUAUCAGUCAAUACCAAUGAUUUGCCUAAUGACUUUUCCGAAGAUUUCCAUGCAAGAUACCGUUUCAAAUCACGUUCAGAAAAUUCACCACAUAUUUUUUCGGUUGCUGAUAUUGCCUAUCAGGAUAUGAUGCAUCACAAGGAACCCCAACACAUUAUGCUUUGUGGCGAAAGUUUUUCCGGAAAAUCAACAAAUGCACGGCUUUUAAUCAAACAUCUUUGCUAUUUGGGUAAUGGCAAUAGAGGUGCAACGGAACGUGUUGAAAAUUCAACUAAAGCUGUCCAGAUGCUCAUCAAUGCUGGAACACCAAUUAAUAAUAAUUCGACAAGGUGCAUUAUGCAAUAUUUUCUUGCAUUUGGCAAUACUGGAAAGAUGAGUGGGGCUGUCUACAAUAUGUAUAUGCUAGAAAAGAUGAGGGUUUCGACCACGGAUAUGAACCAACACAACUUCCAUAUCUUCUACUACUUCUACGAUUUUAUGAAUGCCGAAGGUAAAUUAAAGGAAUAUCAUUUGCAAGAAGAACGUAAUCAUCGUUACCUCCGUAUACCACCCGAAUCGCCACCCACCAAAUUGAAAUACGUUCGCGAUGACCCAACGGGAAAUGUUGAAAAAUAUCGUGAUUUUGAGAAAAUUCUCGGUGACUUGGAUUUCAAUUACAAACAAAUCGAAACAAUUCGCAAAAUGUUGGCGGCAAUUUUGAAUAUUGGCAAUAUUCGUUUCCAGCAGAAUGGACGCCAUGCUAGUAUUGAGAAUCCUCAAGUUGUAACGAAAAUUGCUGAAUUAUUGCGUGUGGAUGAGAAGAAAUUUGUAUGGUCCUUGACUAAUUAUAUUAAAGUUAAAGGUGGUAUUGCUGAGAGAAAGCAAUAUACUUCGGAGGAGGCUAGAGAUUCACGUGAUGCUGCUGCUUCGACUAUUUAUAAUCGGUUGGUUGAUUGGAUUAUCAAUAAGAUUAAUAUGAAUAUGGCAUUCCCGAGGGCAGUUUUUGGUGAUGCCAAUACUAUAGUUAUCUAUGAUAUGUAUGGAUUUGAGUGCUUCCAUCGUAAUGGUUUUGAACAACUUAUGAUUAAUACAAUUAACGAACAAAUGCAAUAUCAUUAUAAUCAGAGGAUAUUUGUUAGUGAGAUGCUGGAACAGGAAGCUGAUGGAAUUCCGUCUAUUCAAUUGAAUUUCUAUGACAACAAGAGUGCCUUGGAUAAUUUGCUCACGAAGCCUGAUGGACUAUUUUAUAUAAUUGACGAAGCUUCUCGAACAAGUCAAGAUCAAGAUCAAAUCAUGGAUCGAGUUGCGGAGAAGAAAAGCCAAUUUGUAAAAAAACACUCCAAUACCGAAGUAGCUGUUUCACAUUAUACCGGUCGCCUACUUUACGACACAAGAGCUUUUGUCGAUAUCAAUCGGGAUUUUGUGCCUCCAGAAAUGAUUGAAGCACUGCGCUCAUCUUUGGAUGAAAAUACAGUUAUGAUGUUCACAAAUAUGCUAACAAAAUCUGGCAAUCUAACUAUGCCAUUUGAAAAUAAGGAACACAAACAGGCGGAUGGCAAACGGAGAGCUUAUGUUUUUAAUACACUCUCACUUGGGCACAUAUCACAAGUGAAUAACCUACGCACUAUGUCAGCUAACUUUAGGUACACAUGUUUGACAAUUUUAAAGACAUUAAGUCAAAGCCAAGGACUUGGCAUGCAUUUCGUGAGAUGUGUUCGAGCUGAUUUGGAUUAUGCAGUACACGGAUUCCAUCCUGAAAUGGUUCAACAGCAAUUGAAGGCAUUGGGCGUUUUGGAUACAAUUAUUGCGAGACAACAAGGCUAUUCGUGUCGUAUUUCCUUUAGUGAAUUUCUUAAACGUUACCAAUUUUUGGCUUUUGACUUUGAUGAAACUGUCGAUAUAACAAAAGAAAACUGCCGAUUGUUAUUGAUUCGUUUGAAAAUGGAAGGAUGGGCUAUUGGAAAAUCGAAAGUAUUUCUUCGUUAUUAUAAUGAUGAAUUCUUGGCGAGAUUGUAUGAAGUGCAAGUGAAAAAAAUCAUAAAGGUACAAUCUAUGAUGAGAGCUUUGAUAGCAAGAAAAAAAAUGGCCAAAGGUAUACCCCCAGGUCAAGUUGCCGGCACAGCAGGACCCAAAAUGCCAAGUGGACCGGAGGCCGAUAUUGCAGCCGCUACUAUUCAAAAAGCAUAUCGUGGCUUCCGCGAAAGGCAAAAGUAUGGACCGCUGUACAAUGAAAAGACUGGCCAAAUCAAUGAAGCAACAGCGAACUUUGUGAGGAAUUAUGCAAAAAAAUGGCGGGAAAAGUCGAUAUUCCAAGUUCUUUUGCAUUAUCGGGCAGCAAGAUUCCAGGAUCUGGUUAACCUUUCACAGCAAGUUCACAUAUACAAUCAACGAGUUGUAGCCUCACUUUCCAUAGUAAGUCGGCCAGUGCCAUUGGAAAAAGUCGAUAGACGUCAAAUCAAUGCAUCAGCUUUGGGUCCAAUGCCAAUACCAACUAAAAAGCUACCAUUUCGUUUGGAUCAAAUACCAUUUUAUGAUACAAGUUAUAUGUGUAAUCCUGUAAGUUCGGUAGCGCGUACAACGUUGCCAAAAGACUUUAUGACAAAUGAUGAUGAAGAAGCCUGGGAUAGCCCACUGCAGCGUAAUCCAUCUCUAACUACACAUUUAAUGACAUACAAUGCAUAUAAGAAGGAGCAAGCUUGCCAAACAAAUUGGGAUCGAAUCGGUGAUAGCGAUGUUGUUUAUAAUCAAUCGUUUUUGAGGGAUCCGCAUUUGAUGAAGAACCGACAUAACUAUAACUUCCAAACUAACUACCCAAAUCCACAACAGCAAUAUAAUCAAAGCUACUAUGGCAUUCCACCACCAAAUCAACUAUACAAUAAUUACCGUCAAAAUUACACAUCGACCGGCACCGGCUCCAGACGGAAUUCCCUCAAGAGCUACAAAGCUCCACCACCGCCACCACCAAUGCCACCAAUGAAUAUGAUGCGUGACGAUGCCUCCCGUAUGAAUAUGAAUCGCAAUCAAAAUUUUAAUAACUACAAUCGGCCACAGCAAUUCAUACCAUCACAAUCGGAUCCAGUGCGGGAGAUGCAGUCACUCGGCAGACGAUCAAGUAUGGAUACUUCUGAAGAUGAACCACCUUUUAACUUCAAAGCAAUGCUUCGCAAAACCAAUUACUCACGACCGGAAAACAAUAAUGUGGAAUACGAUAGUCGUACUUACAAUAGUUCGUCUCAAAAUUUCAGUACUUCCAAUAACAUGCCCAAGCUUCGACCUACUCCUGGUCCAAAAAGUUUCGCAAACACUUCGAAUACGACUUCAACAUUCAAUCGUCCUGAUGCCAAUUUCAAUCGGCCAACAAAACCUGUGUCCAGUUCGGUUGGCAAGACUCUGGAGGAAGAUAGCUCAGCUACAACUUUUAAAGAGGCUGGCGAAUAUGUGGAGGAGGAAAUCGCUCCUGGUGUUACAUUGGCGGGAUAUGCAAUUGACAUUUAA